CGUUAGCUGCACCAGACGUGUUUUCGACAUACUUCUGUGCUUGUUUCUGAGCUUCACCUGCCUUUGAUUGGGCAUCAGGCGGCAGUUCGGUUUGCGAAUUCAUAGAGUCUCCCAAACGCUGAAACAAGAGAUGAAGAAAGGGAAAGAAGAGACAAAUAGUUCACUCUGCGACCACUGCCAGUAUUUUUAAUUGUCUUAGGGCGGAAAUUUGCAUAACAAAAUUAACAUAUAAAAAAAUCUCCCCCCAAAUAAACGCCUUGAGAUGAAUUCUCCCUCAGCUGCCCUAACCCAUCACCCGCCGGAGCUCAGCUGCCCUGCUUUAACAGAAGCCUGCCUAGCUGUCAGUGCAACCUCUGUCAAACCCGACAUCAUUACCAUGACUCCACAUGCAUUCAGCAACAUUAAAUUGGUAGCUUCGGAUCUCGAUGGAACUCUUUUGGUUCAUUCCGACGUUACUGCUCAAGCAGGAGGUGCCCCAACAAAACGAGCAUUAGACGUCCUUCAUAAGUUGGCUAAACAAGGUGUUCGAGUUCUGCUGGCUUCAGGACGACCUCCUCGGACCAUGCAAUGUGCUGUUGACCAGAUGGGCUUGGAUAAUAUUCUUACCAUUUGCUGUAACGGUGGACUUGUCUAUGACUCGUUUUCUAAGACCAUCGCUAAGAAAUAUUCUAUUCCCAACCAGCAUGUCAAAUUAAUUAUCAAUACUCUCCUUCAAGAUAUCGGCCCCAGCGUCUGCCUCGGAGCAGAAAGUGGCCUUCAUUUUGUUUGUGACAAAAACUAUGAAGUGAACAGACGAGAUUUCCUAGACCACGAUUACAUUCUACGUGACCCCACUGAGUUUAUUAAGGACGAAGAAGAUACGAUCGAGAAACUCGUAGUCAUUCAGCCCGGUGUCAUGGCCGAGACUCUUAACCAACGACUUCUUGAACUGUUUGGAGGAGACGAGUGGAAAGAUAUUGUCAACAUCACCUUCAGCAACCCUCACUCCAUUGAGAUCUCGGCUGCCGGGGUGUCAAAAGGUUCAGCUCUCAAGGAUCUUUGCAAGGACCUUGGAUACGAACCUGCGCACGUUAUAGCUUUUGGUGAUAUGCCGAACGAUAGCGAAAUGCUUAUUUGGGCUGGUACUGGUAUCGCUGUGGGCAACGCUCACCCUAGCGUUAAGGAAAUUGCAGAUCGCAUCACCCAAAGCAAUGAGCACGACGGUGUUGCUAUUGUGUUAGAAGAAGUCCUGGAGCAUCUUGGUACAAACUAGAAUAUAUCAUCAA